CUGGAAAACUCAACUUAGUUCUCCACGGGCAAAUACCUACUGCACAGAAGAGGAACAUAUUCUCUUGUAAGGGUGUGUUGCUGAUCAUCUGCAGCCAUGUGUGACCAGACGUUCGUGGCGGCCACCUUUGGCCCCUGCGAGUGCUGCGGGAAAGCCAGUCCUCUCAUGAACAUCUACAUUAAGACCGAGGCCAUCAACUACUGCUCCUUCUGCGUGGAAGUGAUGGCCUGCGCGGGGCUCACGGCGGGAGAGUCGGUCGCGAGCCUGAAGAAGGAGAGCGAGACUCUGAAGAAGAAGCUCGAGGAGGAGCGGGGGAAGCUCAGCGACAUCGAGUUGAACCAGGUGGCAGAGAAGGUGGAGGUGCUGGGCGCUCUCGCCAUAAAGACCAGACGUGUGCUGAAGGGUCACGGGAACAAGGUGCUGUGCAUGGACUGGUGUAAAGACAAACGUCGGAUAGUCAGCUCUUCACAGGAUGGCAAAGUGAUUGUCUGGGAUGCAUUCACUCUGAAUAAGGAACACGGUCUGAACCUGCCGUGUACAUGGGUAAUGGCGUGUGCGUAUGCCCCCUCUGGUUGUGCUGUGGCAUGUGGUGGAUUGGAUAACAAGUGCUCAGUGUUCCCGCUGUCGCUGGACAAAAGCGAGAACUUGAAUGCAAAGAAGAAGUCUGUCGCCAUGCACACCAACUACGUCUCAGGAUGCACCUUCACCAGCUCCGACAUGCAGCUCCUGACCUCCAGCGGUGACGGCACAUGUGCCCUGUGGGAUGUGGAGAGCGGGCAGCUGCUGCAGAGCUUCCACGGUCACACAGCUGAUGUCCUGUCCCUGGACCUCGCUCCGUCUGAGACAGGAAACACCUUCGUCUCUGGGGGCUCUGAUAGGAAGUCCAACAUCUGGGACAUGCGCUCUGGACAGAACGUUCAGUCUUUUGAGAGCCACGAAUCGGACAUCAACUGUGUGAAGUAUUACCCGAGUGGAGACGCUUUUGCCUCGGCCUCAGACGAUGCCACAUGUCGUUUCUUUGAUCUGCGCGCUGACCGUGAGGUGGCCGUCUAUCAGAAGGACAGCGUGAUAUUUGGAGCCUCCACUCUGGACUUCUCUCUGAGUGGUCGCCUGCUGUUCGCUGGAUAUAACGACUACACCAUCAAUGUGUGGGACGUGUUGAAGGGAACUCGUGCUUCCAUCCUGUUCGGCCACGAGAACCGCGUCAGCAGAGUGAGAGUGUCGCCCGACGGCACGGCGCUCUGCUCCGCCUCCUGGGACAACACCUUACGGAUUUGGUCCUAGAGCUGACGUCACAGUGAUCCAGUGACGACAGAACCAGCAUUAUACGACUGCCAACACUAAUACAGGAGAGUGUACAUAUAAACAUUCGGUGUAACAAACACACAGAAGCACAGAAAUCUAAAAUAUCUCUUCUGAAAGAGAUGAUAUCAUUGCAUCAUAACUGUAGGAUGGGUAUUUAUGGUGACAGAUUGAUAAUGAAUUCAUAUUUAUUGCUAAAAUAGUGUAAAGAAUGUGUCUGCUCUGCCAUGUAGACCUGCAGAUAAUAUAAUCAUUUAAUAAAAUAUAUUAUAAUAUGAUUGUCCAGAAAUAUACCAUAGGUGUUCACACUGUAUUUUUUGUAGUUACAGUGGCACUCUGCAAAAUAAAUGGUUGUAUUAUCCAAAGGAAGUUUUUUAGCAGCCACUUACUUGUGUAAUAUACUUCAACAGUUUAGAUACAUUUCUUGUGUGAAAAAUAAAAGAAGAUUUUAAGUA